AUGAAGACUCCGGAUGCCGCCGUUUCGUUGAUGUUACCACACGCUCCAUUGGACUAUAAUGGCAGCAUUCAGCGACGUAUACCUCCACCACCAGAGAGGAGGAAGCCGAUCAAGUCGAAUGUUUCGUGGAGAUUCCGAGUUUUCAACGAAAAUACCGCCGUUCUGUUCUUUUUGGCAUUCGUAUUGACUCUGGCGUUGUUUGUGGCACAGUCGGUUUUCAAAAGUGAGUUUUAGGCUUAUUUUUUGAAAAUUCCAGAAAACAAGUCAUAAUAACAUAGUAACUGUCAUACUAAGUCUACAUACGAAAAUUUUGUGCGCCGUAUUUUACACAGCGUUUUUAGAAAUACAGAUGUUUAGUUUAAUUUUUGUCGAUUUAAAAGCGUUGCGAUGACAUCUUUCCUGGAAGUUUCUGAAAAAUCGAAGUUUUUGGUCGAAAUUCCUCAUUUUUUCAGAUUCCUUUUUGACAUUAUACUCAAGACAUGAAAUUGUCGAUUUGGUACGAACAGAUGCAACCUUUGAAAUUGGGAAAUCGACUGGUAUUAAGGCUCCAGCCAGGAAAUUGGCUUAUGCGUAAGUUAACAACAUUUUUUGCUUGUGAUGUAUUUUAGGUGUUUAAACUAGUUUUAACACUUGGAAUUGUAGAUUUAGAGUUUGCUUUAGAGUCUUAUCUCACGUAUUUUAACAAUUUGAGUAAAGGUCUAUCUUAAAAAAGGGCGUUUCCCCUAUUUUUAAGCUACCCAUCACUUUGAUGUCUAAAACAAUAUUUUCAGGACGAUUAUGAUCUCAGAAUCGGCCAAUUUGGCAUUGAUGUUUAAUACUACGAAUUCAGCAAGGUUUGUAGUGUAUGCUAUGAGAACGUUGAGUCCAACACCAACGUUAUAUGACUUCAGACGUGUUGUUAAAGUUGAUCGACUUCAUUCACAAGGUGUUGUUAUCAAAGAAGACGCUGCGGAAGAUGUUUUUUAUGAAAGUGAAGUAAGUUAUGGGUGUUUUUCGUUAGAUUAUUGUUUUUAGAAGCUAUUGUGGUUGCUUUGAAUGUUUAAAAAAUUGCUAACCUUAAGCAAAGCAUCAAAUAAUAUUAUCCUUGCAGAAUCGCAACGGCUUGGUCACGUUCCCCGUUCAUUCUGGUCAAUAUCACAUUGCUAUACUGAAUGAUCAUAUUGAGCCAAUUGUCAUGACUAUAACGCCGUUUUUGUUCACCGAAAACAGUCAAAAUACCUGCAAGUUUGAAUGUUUUGGCAAAGGAUCUUGUCAUAACGGGAGCUGCCAGUGUUUUCCUGGAUAUUCCGGCAAAUAUUGUCAAGAAAGUGAGUUUUUUGGUAAAUUUAGGUAUUAAAAAGUAUUGUAGUUAUGUGAAAAGAUAUUUGAUUUGUCGUGUAGGCUAUUUUGAGGCUUAUUGUCCAACACCAAGCGUAUUUUACAUUAUUUUAGGCAGCAAAGCAGUCUUUUUCAAUAAAGAAUUUUAAAAAAUAAAAUUUUUUACUUUUGUGAUAUUUCUCAGGUUGUAAAGAAAGUUUUUGCAUAGAAAAAUACUUUUUUUGAUAAAACAUUAUUAGAGUUAAAAAAUGGCAUUUCAGCAUCAUGUCCAAUAUUAUGCUCUGGGAACGGUGUCUUCUCUAAUGGCGAAUGCGUUUGCCAUCAAGGAUAUCAUGGUAAGAUCUGUGAGAAGUUGGACAGAAAACUUGAGCCAUCGUAUCUACAGCCAUUUGACGGCGGUUUUCAUCGUGAGUUUUUUAAAAAUUUAGUUUAAAAUUUGAACUUUGAUCAAAAAAUGGGUUUUUUAGCGUUUUUUUGGGUAUAAACUGCCAUUUUUAAAUGGAUGAGAUCAAAUUUGUAAAAAAUGUAGUGUAAACUAGUUGAAAUCACAUCUUCUCUUUCAGAUUCAAACAUAAUGCCAUUAUCAUCCGAGCUAUCCGCUCCAAAAUCGACCGAAGCGUCUUAUGUGGCAUCGACUGUAAAUACGAAAAAUAAUGAAAUAAUAACGACAAGGUCUACUUUAACAUGUCAUAACGGUGGUGAAGCGAGAUAUAAUAAGUGUGUAUGUAGACUUGGGUUUGGUGGAGCUAAAUGUGAUGAGAUCAAGUGCCCAAAUGACUGUAAUGGGCAUGGCAGAUGUUCUGAUGGCAUCUGUUCAUGUGAUGUUGGAUGGAAUGGAAAAGAUUGUGGGAUUGGUGAGUAUAUUUGGUAAAAUACGUUUUGAUAUGAGUAUAAUAUUAAAUUUGAAUAAAACACUUUAAUUAAAAAGAAAUUAUUGGAAAAGAAUUUUUUUACGGUUUAAAGCUGAUAAAGACUGCACGGUGCAAUUUGUCCGAGAACUUUUGACUUGAAUUUUGAAAAAAUUAUGAAAAAAUAAAAUUUCAGAUGCUUGCCCAAGCUCCUGUAGCAAUAACGGCAAGUGUAAACGAGUAAAAGGAGAGUUUAAGUGUGUUUGUAAUGACAACUUCUUUGGUGAUGCCUGCAGCUUCAGUAUAGAGCAACAAUGUGAUGAUGGAAGCGAUAAUGACAAUGGUAAGCCUUUAUCUUUUUGAUUUUAUCAUCGAUGGUAGACUAUUUAUGGAAAUUUUUUCAAAAAAAAAUUUUUUUUAAUUGCUUACUUUGCACGGUGCAUUCGGAAAAUUUAAAUUCUCUAAAAAUAGCCGUUAAAAUUAAAAAAGUCCUUUAUGAUUAGGUAUUAUGAGAAAGUAUUUAAUUUUGAUCAGAAUAAACGUACAGUUGCCUUGAAUAAUUUAUAGAAAAAGGUUAUAUUGCACAGUGCAAAAAUAAGCUUUGCACGGUGCAAUCAUUAAGAAGAAUUUUGAUGUUUUGUUGGGUUUUAUGGGUUUUCUUAGCAUUUAAACGUUAAAACUGAUGUUUUUUUGGGUAAUAAUAAUGGUUUUUAACUACAAAUUAUUAUUUUAUAAAAUUUUCGAAAUUUUUUAAAAUUUUGGGUUUAGGUAACAUUUUUUAAUUUUCAGGUCAUAACUUUGAUAUUAUGAUAGAUUUUUUGUUAUUUUUUAGGUAGAUCUUCUCUAUUUUUACUUACCAUUGUAUUAUUUUUUUUUCAGAUGGCCUAACUGAUUGCCUGGACCCAGAUUGUUGUUCAUCACCUCAUUGCAAGGCCAAUCCUUUAUGUAUGACAACAUCAACCAACACCUCUACUUUAAUAUUACCCAUAAAACAUGCCUCAUUCUACGACAACUACAAGCAUCUAAUCGAAGCCGGUUCCGCUCAAAGAUACGCUGAUGCUAAAGCUUUCAAGAAGUCACUGUUCAGCGUCGUCAAGCUCAGAAUCAUCGAUGAAAAGGCGGGUCCAUUGAUGGGAAUGCGAGUUAAUAACGAUUUGAAGCCGAAACAAGGCUUCACGUUGACUAACAAGCACGGUGACGCUGAGUUGGCCGUGAACGGAGGUGGUUACAUUCAGCUGGCACUGCUAAGACAUCCAUAUGGCCUACUACACUAUAAUGUUUAUGUGGCUGAGAAUCAACUUGUCGAUUUGGGGGUUCUGUCGAUUAAAAUGCUUCAGAAUGCUAAGAAUUACAGUAGGACGUGGAAUUGUCCCACUACAAAGAAUAUGGACAUUUCGGCAGGGGUAAAAAACCCAGAAGUUCGUAUCUACAAUAAUAUAGCUACAGUACCAAAUAUGGCACCAGAUUCGAUUAAAAUUCAACUUGAAAAUGACAUUUCUCUAGUGUAUGAUGAUAAGUCAUCAGUACUAGUGUUCAGAUGGAGUAACUUAGAAGAGGUUAAAGAAGUGCUGCUACGGAUUACGGUAGAAGAAAGAAGAUUUGAGUACAGUAUGAAGCCGCAAAGUAAAUUUGUAUUUGAAUACGAUAGAAAAGAUGCUAAAGGGCAGAGGACCUCAGGCGCUAUGGAUGCUUAUGGUAUGGUCUUUUUUACAGGACAUGAAAUGGCAAGAAUUUUCUGUACAAAACAUUAAUUGCCAAGAACUUUCUUUACAAAACAAGAAAUGGCAAGAACUUUUUUUACAACCUCUAAAUUUGUACUAAUUUCAAAAAUUUCAGUUAAAAUUGGUUAUGUGUUCAAAGACUGUCAAGAACCAUUAUGGACGAAUUACAAAGAGAAACUGAUAGUUAAAUCUGACAAAAAAGAUUGCUGUGGACCGUUAAGCUUGGAUAUUGACAAUGUCUACAAUUCUGAAGCUAGUAAGUCAUCUUUAUCAUAUUUCAUGAUUUUUUAGUGAUUUUUUAUUAUUGAUGCAAAAAGAAUGGCGCGUGGAAAAAAAAUAUUUUUUAGAAAAAUUUUGACGUUGAUUCUAAAAGAAUGGCGCGUCAGGAAGUAAAAAUGUUUUUUGAGUUUUUUUGCUUUUGAUGCAAAAAUAAUGGCGCGUCAGUGAAAAAAGUUUUUUUUGAAAAUCUUAUUUUUGACGCAAAAAGAAUGGCACAUCUCGAAAAAAAAAUUUAACAAAAAAAAUAUUUUUCAUUUUCAGACCUAUUCGAGUAUGGUAAUGGCACAGUAAUCGACCUGAACAAGUUCAAGUCUCUAACACCAUUCAAGAAUAACAUGACUGUUACCUCACCAGUCGACCAGAUUUUAUAUUUAAAGGACGGAUCAGUCAUUCUAAAACAACAUGAUAAGGUUUCGUAUAAUGGAAAUGAAGUUUUGAAUGGAUUUGACUUUAAAAACGCAAAAAUGGUAUUGGAUUCGCUGAGGAAUGAAGUCAAUAUACUGUUUUUGAAAUUGAAUAAGGUAUGUACAACUUUUAUAAUAGGCUUUUUCAUAGGGUUGUUUAACCGUGGGUGGGUCGGUGUGAGGUAGAGUGAGGGUAAGGUAAGGGUAGGGUAAGAUAAAGUAAGUUAGAAUAGGAUAAGGUAGGGUAGAGUAGGAUACUUGAAAGUAGGAAAGUACGGUAGGUUUGCCGGGGGGUAGGUUUGAAGUAAGUUAAGUAGGAGUAAUGAAGAGUAGAGCAGGGAAGAGUAUAAGGGUAGGGUAGAUUUGAAAGACAAUAGUAGUGAAAGUUACGGUGUUUUAGGGCGUAACAGGAUACGGUAGUGUCAAAAAAGGAAAUUGCUAAGGGGAGGGUUAAUGUGAGUAAAUCCACUCCUUCAGUGCCUAUUUUGACGGCUGAUAAGUUCAGGCUGAAAGCUGUCUACUAAUUUCUAAUUUUUUAGGUAAUAAAAAUCCGAUCUCUGGAGAAGUUUUCGAAUCCAGCUGAAAACUAUCAAAUCGUUGUGGAAUCGAAAGGAACCUGCAACAGUAAUAUUGUGGAAUGCUUAAAGGAAGUGUCAGUUCAUGAAGCUAAAUUCAGCAGUAUUCAAGGUAAAGUUUUGUUUGGAAAACCUUAAGGUUUAGGCUUAAAAAUGAUAUGAUAGUUUUUGUUUUGUUUGAGACAUGACUUUAGGCUAAAACGUGAAAUUCUAGGCUUAACAGUUUAAUUUUAGACUUAAAAAUGCAGUUGUUGGCUUACAAAAUAACUUUAGGCUUAAAAAUAACACUUUUUUAAUUUUAAAAUUUUCGCUUUUUUAGACAUAGCCUUCGACAAGCAUGGCUCAAUGCUAAUAUUGGAUUCAAACGCUCUAUUCUACAUUGAAAACAAUAUUGUUCAUCUUAUUCAAGACUUCACGACUUCUUCAUUACUUAACAAGUGUAAUAAAACCUUCUUCCUUAAAGAACUGGGACUGAAUGGAGCACAAAGAGUACUAGUAGACCCAUUAACAGAACAUAUUAUAGUACUAGACAAGAAUGCGUUGGUUUAUCGACUGGAUAUUCACCAUGGUAUUGGGCAUCGGAUCUACAAUGGGCUUUAUGAUUGUGGUGGUGAUGAUGCGGGUGUUGGUACUGUUUUUGAUAAAGCUGGUACUAGUGGUGCUACUUCUGAUAAAAUUAGUACUACGACUCCAGUUGAAAGGAUGCACACGAUAAAUCACAUUGAAAUCGACCAAAGUUCGAACAAAUUGAUUAUGAUUGGCUAUCUACCGGGAGGCGAAUUAACCUCACAAAGUCUGGAUUUGAAUACGAAUGAGGUAGAAACAAUUGUGAAGGACCUGCGAAGAUGCAAGUGUGUCAAAGCCGGUUGUCGAUGUGGUGAGGAUGAGACGAAGAAUGAAGAUUAUGCUGUUUCAUCGCUUUCUGUGGGAUAUAAAGGUAGGUUUUUAAGGAGAAGUUGGGCUUUUAGGUAACCUUUUUUAAUUUUUUUUUAAAAACUUGAGUUUUAGGUAACAAAGGGGCUAAAGUAGUGAAGUUAGGGUGAUAAUCUAGAUGUUUUAGAAGUAUUAGCGCACAAUUUCGGGGUUUUUAAGGAAAAUCUCGAAUUUUAGGUAACAUUUUUUAAUUAUUAUUCAAAAAUAUAAACUUUUUUACAAUUUAAAAUUUUAGGCAACAUCCUAUUCACCACAACCUCACCCUACGGAAUCUUCAAGCUCUCCCCACUAGAAAUUUUCUUCGACAAAAGUCUAGCCACCUACACAGUAACCCUACCAAACACUGGCGAAUUCCACAAUUUUGAUAGGAACGGCCAACUUAUCUCCACCGUGAACUCAACAACGCUCCAGAGGAAACGUGAAUUUCGACGUGAAAUCGCGACAACAUCCGACUUUUCAGCCACAAAAACCGAUGUCAUAAUGGCGAGUGGUGAGCAUUUGAGUGUGUUACCAACUGCACCGAAUAAGUGGACCAUUACGCAUGGUUUGGGCCGAAAAACUGAGGUUCAGGCUCAUGAAGGUGUAGUUGAGAUCAGGAAAGAUGAUGUUGUGGUUAAAAGGCUGGAGUUCGACGUUGGUGGACGGUUACUGAGGACUGAUUUUUAG